AUGUUUGCCAAUGCGAUCCGUUUUGUAUCCAAUACUAAAAAAAUAAAGCAUGAUUAUUAUAUAGAUAAGGAAAGUCCCAUUUAUGUAGGACCUUGGACAGUGUAUCCUGCUACAAAACGAGGUACCGAUAUUGAGGUAUCGGUCUUCUCUUUUGAAAAGCGAAUCCUAUCAACGAUCCUAAGAAAUGCGACCGUAAAUACUAGCUUGAAAGAAAAUUUUAUUCUUGAAGUUCUACGACGUGAUGUUAGUUCUCUAUCAAGGCUUCGUCACCCUUCACUUCUUCAGGUUGUGGAACCAUUAGAGGAAUCAAGGUCAAGACUAACAUUUGUAACCAAAAGAAUACAGUCGUCUCUUGCCGACGUUAUCUGUAUGUCUACCCCAAUUAGUGGUAAUUCAAGCGACGCCGAUAAUCCUUUUGCUUUGGAUGAAAUUGAAGUUCAAAAAGGUCUAUUGCAGAUUAUAAAUGGUAUCAUGUUUUUACAAGAUUCCGCAAAGAUAUUGCACCUAAAUAUACAACCACGUUCUGUUGUUAUCGAUUCAAAGGGUGACUGGAAACUUUGCGGCUUUGGUUUCUGUCAGUCACUUGAAUCCCCUCGUUAUGAGUUAAUGGAUUUCGACGUUUCGACUCCUUCUUCUUUGCAGCAAUGUUUGGAUUUUUUAGCUCCCGAGUACGUUUUGCAUGAAAUCGUUGGUCCUGAAAACGAUGUUUUUUCUCUUGGAUGUCUUGUUUAUGCAGUGUUUAAUAGAGGAAAAAGCGUAUUAAGUGCGAAGAACCAUCUCUUAACUUAUGAAAGGGAAGUUAAGAAUUUGAAUGAUCGGCUUAAUUUCUGUGUAGAGAAUAUCGAAUCGCAUUCCUUACGCUCUUUACUACUAAAAUUACUGUCUCCAAACCCGAAAAGUAGAGCAAAUGUUUUCUCUAUGGAAUCGGCAGAUUACUUCACGAAUGGAAGCAUAUCAGCAUUGAGGUUUUUAGAAGCUUUUCCCGAAAAAUUACAAUCCGAGAAGGUUGUUUUCCUUGAAUCUUUGGUAAACAAAUUCCCUGAGAUAAGUUAUCGGGUACAAUCGCAGAAGAUUUUGCCCACUCUUUUGGAUUUUUUGAACGAUCAAGAGAUAGUUGCACCCCUUCUGUCUUGCAUCUUCCAAAUAUCCAAAUCCCUUGAUCCUUCCUUGUUUAGCAAUAAAGUUUUUCCAAACCUCUUGCCUUUGCUUACUUCCUUCCCAAAAAAUCCCGAGAAACCUCUUUUAAUAAUUCUGCAAUCUAUCGACUGCUUCAAGGCCAAACUACCCCGCUCAACAUUUAAUGAGAAGGUGUUGCCUUUUGUUUAUGCAUGUCUUGAGCAACCUUAUGCAAAUAUUCAGUUAUCUGCCGUUGAGGUCUUCCAUUCUGUUUUAGAUAUGCUAGACCAAAAGAUUGUAAAAUCAGCGAUAUGUCCAAAAUUAUACCAAUGUUUUUCAGUCACCAAGCAAUUAGAAGUGAAGGUUUCUAUCUUGGAAUGCUUUCAUGUUUUUAUUGAUGCGAAGCUGCUGGACUCGUUUGCAAUUUUAGAGAAACUGUUACCUUUGCUAGAAAAAGUCAAGACACGGGUUUCUGCUGUAGUGAUGGCUAUGCUGAAAGUGUAUGUUGAUAUCGGACGAGUAAUUCCAGAGGAAUCUGUUCAUGAACUGGUAAUGCCGAGGCUUUGGGUAUUAAGUGCAUCAUCUGAAUUGAGCGUUCAAGAAUACACGCACUUUAUGAGGGAAAUUCGGAAGUUGAGUGACUAUAUUCAAACAGAACACAAAAAGAAGCUACGCUCUAGUCCCUCGUCUUCUCCUUAUGACCAUUCUAUAUAUAAUGCCAAGACUUUGAAUAAUCCAGUUGCUAAUAACCAGUCUUCCCGCAUGCAAGAACAAACUCUGCCUUCUACGCGGCCACCUUCAAAUAUGAAAACUUCGUCCUUUCCCUCACCUGCAACUUUAAAUAUGGCAGGUAAGAACCACACUUCUGCCGUGUCUUUUCCUCCCCUUGUACCUACCGAAAUGAAUGAAAGCGCUAUUCACCAAAAUGAUGCUAAGAAUGGUGACUCUCUUAGUGAUUUGGGGGCGUGGAAAAGUCUACUUUAA